AGGUCCAAAUUGGCAGUGCAGCGCAAACGGACGAUCCUAAGAACAACCUCUUCUCUCUCUCUCUCUCUCUCUCUCUCUCUCUCUUCCCCCGCAACUGUCCUUUAUCUACAGAAGAAGAAUCAUCACUAAAAUCAAUACUACGCAAUAAAAUAAAAUUUUAAUCUAUAAAAAUAAAAGCAAAGAAAGCAAAAGUGGCUCUCUGUUUUACCCAUCUCUUUUUCUCAUCAAGAUCGUGUUGUGGAGUCUGUUUCCAUCCUUUUCCUUUUUUUGUUCCCAUUCUAACACAGCCGAUCCUCAUUUCUCAAGUGGGUUUCCGCUGCUCUUCUAUUUCUUCAAUGGAGAACAUAUAGAUAAGGCUGAAAUCUGAAGAAGGCGAUCAUUUGAUACGAAAGUUGUUUGUGUGAUCAUGGCUGUUGCUGAGAAUGCUGGGGCUAAAAACGGCGCUUCCGGUCAAAAUUUUGACAGCACUGUAGUAUCAUCGGACUCAAAAGGAGGACCAAACGAUCUCGAAAGAUCAAACACCAGAAAUGAACCCUUGGUCAAUCCCAAGGAAUCAAAUUUUCAGGCUCAAGUUUAUGAUCAGACUGUUGACGGCGAACGUGAGCACCGAGAAAGUGCAACUGCAGCUGCCACUUUGAGCAGUGGCAAGAGUAAUGGGAUCCAGAUGCAGAAUGGCUUCGACAUCAGUCAGCAGCAGAUGGUGGCCGAGUCUGCUGGGUAUGAGACGAUUCAGAUUCAAAGGGCUAAAUCUAAUGGGUUGAAUGAUAUGAGUGAUUUGGUGGAGAUUUUAUCCAAAUUGAAUCCCAUGGCUGAAGAGUUUGUCCCUCCUUCGCUUGUUAGCAAUCAUGGCUAUCUGGGACUGGGAAAUGGGUUUGGCUACACAAACAAUUUCGCUGUGCAAGCUACUCCUGGGAACGCCAAUGGACCUAACACUAAAAGGAAGAAGAACAACUAUAAUCAAGGACGGCGAAGGAUGAACAGUAGGACAGGUAUGGCUCAGCGUGAUGAGGUCAUCAGGAGGACUGUGUAUGUUUCUGACAUUGAUCAACAGGUUACUGAAGAGCAACUUGCAGGUCUCUUUGUUCAUUGUGGGCAGGUGGUUGAUUGUCGAAUAUGUGGUGAUCCUAAUUCUGUUCUUCGAUUUGCCUUCAUUGAGUUCACAGAUGAAGAUGGGGCUAGGGCUGCUUUAAAUCUGUCCGGAACAGUACUUGGAUUUUACCCGCUAAGGGUGCUGCCUUCCAAAACUGCAAUUGCACCUGUUAACCCCACAUUUUUGCCUAGGUCUGAAGACGAGCGUGAGAUGUGUGCAAGAACUGUUUACUGUACAAAUAUUGACAAGAAGGUUACUCAGGCAGAUGUCAGACUCUUCUUUGAAUCCUUUUGUGGAGAGGUUCAACGCUUGAGGCUUCUCGGGGACUAUCAUCAUUCAACUCGUAUUGCCUUUGUUGAGUUCACAGUGGCUGAGAGUGCAAUUUCGGCACUUAACUGUAGUGGUGCAGUUCUGGGAUCGUUGCCAAUAAGGGUGAGCCCAUCAAAGACACCUGUUCGGCCUCGCAUCCCUCGCACUCCUUUGCACUGAAUCGUGCUUGAUGCUUCCUGGACUAAUCAACUGCUGAUAGAUAUGUUUUAUAUAUAUAUAUAUAUACAUAUAUAGUAACCGAGACAUUUUGAAGGUACUUGUGGCUUUUUAUGUCUUAUCAUUUUGUUCCUUUCGUCUCAGCCCGGUAUCUUUGUUUCCUACAGAGGAAUGUUUAUGAUUCUGUUUUUAGCUCAUAGAGUCGGAUGGAAUUGCGAGGAUAUGAAUGGGUUUAUUUAUGUUGCACAAUUGCCAAUUGAAAAAUGACUCGUUUUACAA